AUGGCCUCUGACUCCGACUCCGACCGCAAAAUCCAGCUGCGAGUCUCCAACGACAAGGCAUAUGUCUGGGACGUAGAGGACAUCGCAGCUCUACGCGCGAAACACCAUGUUUGCGGCGUUUUGACCGGAACGCUGCCCCAUCUGUCUCAGCAGAAUGUCUUCCUCGGAGUACCUCUCGUACUGCUACCGGAAGAGGUUGUGCUACUCAUGGAAAAGCAACUCGCGGUGCUAAUCGACGACCCAAAUGCUCACCAACCGCCUUCCGCGGAGGCAUUGGAACAUUGGAAUAUGGAGCGAGAAGCAUCUGCAAUCCAGCAGAUCGCAAUAUCGGAAGCCGAGAGGGCAUCAGACAAGGCCGCGAAAUUGUCGAGCUCCGAGGAAGCCAUCCGGAAGCGCAAGGAGCGCGAGGCAAAAAGAGCUGCUGCCGCGCUCGCGAAAGCCAUAGCGGAAGGGAUCUCUGCUGAGGAGUUUGCCCAGGCGUCUUCGGACCGACUCGUCGAGGAGCGCCCAGCGACCCCUAGCAAGCCCGCACCGCCGACGUUUAACGUGACAAUUCCAGCAAGCUCGUCUGAGCUGAAGUGGUAUGCUCCCCGUGGACACGCGCACCCGACCCUCGCUUCGGCUCGUACCGCAGGGGUGUGGUCGUACCCAACUACCCCCUACGAACGGGCCAAGUGUCGCGUGUUCCAAGACCUCUGGGAGAAGGGAAACUUCAUGGGUGGAGGCAUCAAAUUUGGAGGCGACUUCCUGGUAUACCCUGGCGAUCCCUUACGGUACCACUCGCACUUCGUCGCGACCGUCAUCGAGUCUCCCAAGGCGCCUCUUAUGCCGAUGGAAGUUGUGGCGCAUGGACGAUUGGGUACGGCGACGAAGAAGUCUCAUUUGUUCUGCGAGUGGGACGAGCAGUCGCAGGAAGUCACAUACUUUUCUGUCGAGUGGGCCGGGUUUGGUUGAUGCCACUUUUGUGCUGUAGGCGUAUUGCGAGAGAACAUCGGACAUGGAAAUAAGCGUGCAGAGAAUAUCAAGAUGAAAUUACGCGAGGUCAUGCUAUCGUCAUAUAUCG